UAUAUUUAAUAUGGAUCAAGAAUAUUAUUCUACAUUGUAUAAAUGGUUUGAAAAAUGUGGUGUAAUAUCAAAUGUAAGAACGCAUCUUCGUCAAAAUUUAAUAAAUGCAUUAAAAAGUAAAGAUAUUUUUUUAAAAAGUGAAGGUCCCAAAUCUGCAAAACAGUACGUUUAUGAUUUACUAAUAGCAGAAUAUUUAUUUAAUCACAAUUAUGCAUAUACUUUAUCAGUAUUUGCUAGUGAAGCACCACUGUUAAUUAAUUUUUCUAAUAAGACAGUUCAAAGACCUGAUGGCAAUGAAGAGGAUAAUAAUGAAAAAUUACAAAGUGAUUAUAUAUUACAUGCUUUGGAAACAUUAGGUAUUAAUCCUUGUGAUUCUAAAGGGCAAUAUGUUAUAUCACAUUAUAUAGAAAGUGAUAUGCCUCUUCUUUUAUGCAUACUAAAAUGCAUAACUAUGUUUUCUUAUAAUAUACAUAAUGAUAUACCAAUAAAAGAAAAAAUAUCUCUUUGUAAUGAGUCUACACAAACUGAAUUUUCUUGGCAAGCUCAUAGUUUAUAUAUAGAAAAAUUAAUUGCAUUAAAAAAAAAAAUAAAUGUGCACAAACAAAUGGUUAAUAACAAGCUACGUGAAAAAGAAAUGAUAUUAAAACAACAAACAUUAUUUAUUGAGCAACAACUUGAAGCAUUGAAUACAAAAUUAUAUCAAAUUCAAAAUGUCAUGCAUAAUAUAAGUUUAAAAGAAAAAUUAUUGAAAGAAAAAAGACAAACUAAUGAAAAACAAAUUUUACAAAGAGAAAUGGAAUUAGCAUUGAAAGAAAGAUUAUUGUUGCAAAAAACAGAUAGAUUACAAAAAGAACAAAAUAACAAAAAAAAAGAACAAGAUGUGAAAAAAACGCACGAACAAAAAGAAGUACAGACAGAACUUCAAGUUGAAUCAUUUAAUCAUUUUUUAAAAAACAUGGAAGUACAAACGGACUUUGUAAACAAUAUGCAACAAGAACAUAAAAUUGAGAUGCUUACUAAAGAAAAGGAAGAAUUAAAUGCUCUUAUUCAAGAUCAACAAUUAAAAAUAGAACAGAUAACGCAACGGGCUCUUCAGUUGUCUCAACAAAUAGAAGGAAUACGUUCAUUGAGAUCAACUAAUAUAGAAAUUCCAACACAAACUGUUAAUAUAAAUACAAUUAUUAGUGAGAGUAGUUCAACAGAAGACAUUCUUCAAGAUGCAAAGUUGAGGCUUAAACGUCUAGAAGAAGAAAGUUUAAAAGCGGAUCAAUAUUAUUAUAAUUUUAUCAAUAAUUCACCAUAAUAUAAAUCUUAUGAUAAUCUAAUAGAAAUAAAAUAAAACAAACAAUUGAAAUUUAUAAUAC